AUGGCAGUGAGUUCUAAGUCAAAAACUGGAAGAUCUCCUAAACCAGCAAAGGUUCAACCAUCCAAGAAGGUUGAAUCUAGAAAAAGAGAACAUGAAGAAGAAUCUUCUGAUUCUUCAGAAUCAGAUAACGAAAAAUUAGUUGAAGAGUUGGAUGACGACUUCGACGAGGUAGCAGAAUUAUUAGGAGACGACAUUAAAGAUCCAGAAGCUAAGAAAGAUAAGAAAAAGGAAAAAAAGAUUCAGGAAGAAGAAAGAACCAGAGAAUUGACUAAACCAACCGCAGAAUCUAAUCACGAUGAUAUAGUGACCGAUAAUUUCGAAGAGGCUGGGUUAUCCGAACCUACAUUAAAGGCCAUCAAGGAUAUGGGAUUCAGUAAAAUGACACAGGUUCAAGCCAAGACCAUCCCACCGUUAUUAGCGGGCCGUGAUGUGUUAGGAGCAGCCAAGACCGGUUCAGGAAAGACAUUGGCGUUUUUGAUUCCAGCCAUCGAGAUGUUGUAUUCUUUAAGAUUCAAGCCUAGAAACGGAACUGGUGUCGUUGUUGUAUCGCCAACCAGAGAAUUAGCAUUACAGAUUUUCGGUGUUGCUAGAGAAUUAAUGGCCCACCAUAGUCAAACAUUCGGUAUUGUUAUUGGGGGUGCCAAUAGAAGACAGGAAGCAGAAAAGUUGAUGAAGGGUGUUAACUUGUUAAUUGCUACUCCAGGAAGAUUAUUAGAUCACUUGCAAAACACCCAGGGUUUUGUUUUCAAGAAUGUAAAGGCAUUAGUUAUUGAUGAAGCAGAUAGAAUUUUAGAAAUAGGUUUCGAAGAAGAAAUGAAGCAGAUUAUCAAAAUUUUGCCAAACGAAGAUAGACAAUCUAUGUUAUUCUCGGCAACUCAAACUACAAAGGUUGAAGAUUUAGCCAGAAUUUCAUUAAGACCUGGCCCAUUAUACAUCAAUGUUGCUUCUGAAUCGGAAGCUUCUACUGUUGCUGGUUUAGAACAAGGUUAUGUUGUAUGUGAAUCUGACAAAAGAUUCUUACUCUUAUUUUCAUUUUUGAAAAGAAACGUGAAAAAGAAGAUUAUUGUGUUCCUUUCUUCUUGUAACUGUGUAAAAUAUUUCGGUGAAUUAUUGAAUUAUAUCGAUUUACCAGUAUUGGAUUUGCAUGGUAAACAAAAGCAGCAGAAGCGUACCAAUACUUUCUUCGAAUUCUGUAAUGCCACACAAGGUAUUUUAAUAUGUACGGAUGUGGCCGCUAGAGGUUUAGAUAUCCCAGCUGUUGACUGGAUUAUCCAAUUCGAUCCACCUGAUGAUCCAAGGGACUAUAUCCACAGAGUCGGUAGAACUGCCAGAGGUACUGCUGGUAAGGGUAAAUCAUUGAUGUUUUUAACACCAUCUGAAUUAGGUUUCUUGAGAUACUUGAAGGCAGCUAAUGUUCCUUUAAAUGAAUACGAAUUCCCAACCAAUAAGAUCGCUAAUGUUCAAUCUCAAUUAACCAAGUUAAUUAAAGGUAAUUACUGGUUACACCAAUCUGCUAAGGAUGGUUAUAGAUCAUAUUUACAAGCUUAUGCAUCACAUCACUUGAAGACAGUGUAUCAAAUUGAUAAGUUAGAUUUAGUAAAAGUUGCAAAAUCCUUUGGUUUUGAUGUUCCUCCUAAAGUUAAUAUUACUAUUGGUGCCAGUGGUAAAUCUAUAGAGAAAAAGCAUAAAAAGCAAAAGAGAGCCUAA